CAGAUGGUUACUCUCACACCGCAUUCUCUUCUUAAAGUUGUUGGUGCUGGAGUUGAACUUGGUGGCUACCCACUUCUUAUUAUAACCAUAUUAUGUCGUCUUUGUUCAGUAGUUUGACAAAAGCUGGUGUUGGUUUGUUGGCUGCAAGCAGUAUACUCCCACUUGUUCUUUACAAUGUUGAUGGUGGACAUCGUGCCGUAAUAUUCGACCGAUUUAAAGGUGUUAGACCUGAUGUAAGAGGGGAAGGAACACACUUUAUCAUUCCAUGGGUUCAGAAGCCUAUUAUUUUUGAUAUUCGGUCGCGGCCAAGAAACGUGCCUGUGAUGACUGGUUCAAAAGAUCUACAAACAGUGAAUAUAACCUUGCGCAUAUUGUUUCGCCCUGAGCCAUCUACUCUACCAAAGAUUUAUCAGAACCUAGGUUUUGACUACGAGGAACGUGUUCUUCCUUCCAUUACCACUGAGGUGCUCAAAGCAGUGGUUGCUCAGUUUGAUGCAAGUGAGCUUAUAACGCAGAGAGAAUUGGUCAGUCAGAGAGUGAAUGAAGAUCUUACCCAACGAGCUUCAUCAUUUGGUAUAUUGUUAGACGAUAUUGCCCUGACACAAAUCUCUUUCGGUCGAGAAUUCUCAGAAGCAGUAGAAGCCAAACAAGUUGCUCAACAAGAAGCUGAACGUGCACGAUAUUUAGUAGAAAAGGCUGAACAACACAAACUGGCUGCCAUUAUAUCUGCAGAAGGAGACUCAGAAGCGGCAACAUUACUUUCCAAAUCUUUUGGAUCUUCAGGUGAAGGUCUUAUUGAAUUAAGGCGAAUCGAAGCUGCUGAAGACAUUGCUUAUCAACUUUCGAAAAAUCGAAAUAUCACUUAUAUCCCUGAUGGUCAACAUACACUCCUUAACUUGCCUGCUGCACAAUAAAGUCUAUUUGUUUAUCGUGUUCUUUUUAUGUAAAUGUAUAAGAUACUUAAAUCAUCUGAGUUGAGUAUUACCGAUUGUGCACGAUUCAAUUGUCUCAGAAUUUUAGCUUUUGUACCAUAAAUCUUUACCUAGUUAAUAUUCAUUUAUUCUCUUGUUUAUCUAUUUAAAGGCUACUACUAGUGUGUGUGGUCGUUCAAAUGAUUUAAUUACUAUGUUUAAUGAAUAGACUAAAAACCCAGUGUUAUUAUACUGAUAUAGUUCUGUAUGCUUCGGGGAAAAUUGGCACCAACAAUUUGUCUAUUUGUCUGAGAACUAGUAGGUUGGUUUGUAGUGUGGAUCAGUGUUUUGCGUAAUUUUAAAAAGUCAAUACCACAUUGGUAUUAAUAUUUCAAGAGCGAAUCUCAUCAGGACCAAGUAUAUUAUUCUUACCAAUUCAAGGAUCGAUGCAGUGACAUUUUAUAUUCUACGAACCCCCAGUAUUUUACUUAUUUAAACACGUAAACACUGGUACAAUGAGGCACCAAAUAGAUACGCGCCACAUAACUCGAUUUAUGUGAGGGGUGGAGUACUGUCCAGGAGCCCAAACCGGAGCAGCUUGUUUUCUUAGGGGGCCACACCCCGAGUCUUUGACCUUAUGAUCUAAUCCACAAGACAAUAGAGCAACGUCAGGAGAUGCAGUCCCAUGGUGGCCGGUGAUCAAUAAUAGGUUCGCACGUUAAUUGUUUCCUCAGGAUCCAUGUACACCGUUGGUCUGGAGUCAGGGUUUUCCAACUCUGCUAGGUCGAUCUUCGUAUCCACCGACCCGGGUAAAGCACCGGAUAUUCGCUUUUCGUCCUCUCAAUUUCGUAACCAACACCCGUGCGAUGAGAAGGCAGUGAGUAGGACUUUCCUGACAGUGGUUGUAUGCACGUGGCCAUGUGAGAGCAUUUUGAGAGGGAGGGCUGACUCUCCCCACUCUCGACCGUACCAGGGCAGUAUAUAAGUGCUAAAAUCAUUUCGUCCAUGUCCUCUUUAUAUAGUGAUUUCAGGGGUUAUAACGGAAAUCACUGGAUAUUCUUACGAGGUUCUAAAGUAAUAAUGACCAACUAACUUGGACUAUAGAGAUUACGUUUGAAGCUUGAACAUUGCCAUAUGUAUUCGGGUUUUGACAACCAGUUACUUGAACAUUAAGUUGUUCUUUAAUUGUAGAACAAUGGAUCCCUUCCACAGAUGUAAGGAGUUGGUCCGAGAAAUGCAAUACUCAUGACAUUAUGAACAAUCUGAUCACAUCCGUUAAGGUCUUUUUGUACGAAAAUUAAAGAAAGUCAAAUUAAUACAAGUAUACUAUUCUCCAUCCCAAUGGGCAGUUGAUUGGAGGUCUCUAUCUUACCCUCGUUGGUAGGACAUGCUGGCGAAGACAUUCAUGGAGAAAAUACAAUUGUUCUCAAAUGGAAGCCUGCCUUUUGGCGAAAUUCUCCUAUUCGUUGUUCGAAAAUGGGAGUGAGUGGUUCGCUCAGCUAUUAAGGUAGAUUUACAUAUGUACUGUAACAAGAGAGAAUUCAGGUGUGCUAAAACAGUGCUUUCAUAAAAUAUGAAAAACACUAAAUACAUUCACAUCUUCCAUCAGUUGUCCUUCUCGUACUUCAUGAUUCUCCCAAUUCCUCCCUGUUUCUCUUCCUAUUCACUUUAUAUCGAUCUUCGACUGGGAGGCAUUCUACUUCCAACGGCUGCUACAUAUUACUUAUAUCUGUCAGCAUAAGCAAAAUACACAACAGUACUACUAUAUGGUCUGAAUGAUUUUAUUAGACAAGUUAUUCUGCCGUAAAGACCAAUCAGCG